AUGGGCGAGUCGUCAUCCGAAAGGUCGUCUUUCCUUACCAACCUCGGCCUCACCGCCAACAACUCGCUCACCCCCCUGCCUAACUACGGCCCCCAUUUCCUCCUCGGAAACUUCCUGCUCAGCUACGUACUCACCACCACCCGCUUCCAAAAGGGCAGCUAUGGUGUCGACAACAACAUCAGCCCCCGCUACGAUCUCGAGUCCCCUCGCGCCGAACAACUCGUCUCCAAGGGCAAGGUGACCCAAGAGCAACUGGACCAGCUGCGUCGCAUUCAGUCUGCCCACUCCAACUCGAUGGAACACUACACUGUCUUCACAGCUGCUGUCUUGUGUGCAAUGGUCUCAAAAUUGGACAGCGGUAUGCUCAAUAGAUACGCCACCAUCUACACAUUGGUCAGAGCUGCCUACUUCGUGGUCUACAGACAGAACACAACUAAACAGGCUGCUGGUAUCAGAAGCGUGCUGUGGUGGGCUGGAAACAUUGUGUGCAUUCGCCUCUUCUGGUUCGCUGGAAAGGCUCUGAACGCACAUGUUCUGUAG